UGGUGGUGCUGGCUUGCUGCAGCAGGAGCAGUCUGGUGUCUGACUUCUGCCAGCUGUGCCAUCCAGAAAAGGGCACGAUGGUCGUGUUAGUUUGGUGUUCAUUGACUUGGAGUUAGUUUGUCCCUUGGGACCCUCAUGUCCUGAUGGAGGCCCCCAAAAUGGUCAGGAGGAAAGUGGGCUUGUGCAUCCAGGAGGAGAGCAGGUACGACUGGAGCUUAUUGCUGUGUGCAGCUACUUAACUGUAGAAUCACAGAUUGGUUUGUCUUGGCAGGAGCCUUUAAAGGUCAUCUAGUUCCAUCCCUCCUGCCAUGGGCAGAAACACCUGCCACUGCACCUUGUUCCUCAGAGCCUCAUCCAGCCUGGAUAGGGGAGUAUGGACAAGAUGGAGCCAGGGUCUUUCAGGGAUGCAGUCAGAGGACAAGGGACAGCAGCACAAGCUGCAGUUUAUCUCCACCAUGAGCUCAGUCAGACACCGGAACAGGACCCAGAGAGGUUGUGGGACCUCUGUCCAUGGAGCUACUCAAAGAUGGACUGGGUGAAGCCCAGAGAAACAUGAUUUGACCCUGAAGUAAGUCCUGCUUUGAGCAGUAGGUUGGACCAGACUCUUCCAGAGUCUCAUUCCAGCCUGAGCGUGCACUCAGAGAAAGCCACUGCCACUCAUCCCUGCCUGGGCGGCAUCCCUGGCUUUGUUUUGGGAUGAUGAGCCAUGGUUGUCAGGGAGGUUGCCAGGGAGGCUGACAUCAGACAUGGCUUCCCUGUAGAUUAUGGUGCACAGCAGCACCAGCAGUCCUCAAUCCGCGAAUGAGCCGGGAGGGCGCUCCGGGGAGCCCCGGCGGUGUCCUGCGUCACUGGCCCGGGUUGCCUAGCACUGCUGGGCCCGCGCAGAGGGGACGCGGCUCCAGGGGCCUGCCUGAGCUGCCUGCUGCUGUCUGAGAGGCGCACUCUGCAGAGGCCGGGGCGCAGGAGCAGCCAGGGUGAUGGCAGCCGAGGCAGGGCUGCUGGAGCUGCCCCUCACCCGCGACGAGCAGCUGACGCGGCGCAUGCGGCUGCGCUUCCAGAGCCUGCAGCAGCGCGGCGGGCGGCCCCAGGACGGCGAGAAGCUGCUGCACCCCAACGAGCACAUCUACAGGCUGGAGUUCAGCCAGCAGCACCAGCUGCGCUUCCUGCGCUGGCGCCUGCGGCUGGGCGCGCCCGGCACGGUCGCGGUGACCGGCACCUCCCAGCACUGGACCCCCGACCUCACCCACCUGAUGCGCCGGCAGCUGCUGGAGCCCGUGGGCAUCUUCUGGAGGAGGCUGGGGGCCGAGGAGGUGGAGUGCAAUGAGGCCGACGCCCAGGAGUUUGGGGAGAGGAUAGCAGAAUUAGCCCGGAUCCGCAAGGUGAUGUAUUUUCUCCUCACUUUCACUGGCGGCCUCGAACCGGCUCAGCUCAAAGGCUCCAUUGUUUUUAGAGUCUGAUCCCCUCCUGCUCAGCUUUUCUCACCCCAAGUGUGCU